AUGGAGGUCCUCGAUCACAGCAGCUUCGACCCGUGCAUAUCGCGCCGAGUCGCGAUCUCUGGGGGAGGUUGGCCUUGGUGUGCUCCCGGAGAGACCACGACCCGCCCGGCCGGGAUCCCAAGCAGGCUUGGCACGCAACGAUGGCGGGAGUGCGGUGGGGCGCAGGGGCGCGGGCCAUUGGCUGAGCUUAGAGCACAUGACCAGCAGCGUAUGCGGGUCAAGCGGAAGCGACAGGGGCCAGGGAUGUGGCGCAGCGCGUCACAGCCGGCAGGCCCGCCCCACCUUGCGAAUCGGGCCAAGCGCGGGUUUUGCGCAACCGGCGGUGACUGCCUCGCAUUAGUGCCGGGACCGCCCAUCUGA